UAUAUAGUCUAAUAUGUUUCUUUGUCUUUCUCCCUUCACUCAUAUGUUUCGUACUAAAACCUUAUAACGUUAUCAACAACAAGAAGCCAAGAACACAAUGCUAAACUUCUCACAUGCAUCCUUUGCACUUAUCUUUCUCUACUGCAUUUUCUUCUCCUCGCUCGCUUUGUCCUCUCCAGUUUCUGACCCCGAGCUCAUCGUUGAGGAAGUACACAGGAAAAUAAACGAGUCUAUAUCAAGAAGAAACUUAGGAUACUUCUCGUGUCAGACCGGUAAUCCCAUCGAUGAUUGUUGGCGAUGUGACAAAGACUGGGAGAAAAACCGGAAACGGUUAGCUGAUUGUGGAAUCGGUUUUGGAAAAAACGCAAUAGGUGGCCGUGAUGGUGAAAUUUACGUGGUCACCGAUCCGGGAAACGAUGAUCCAGUAAACCCUAAACCCGGAACCUUAAGAUACGCAGUGAUUCAAGAUGCACCACUCUGGAUCAUAUUCAACCGAGACAUGACGAUCCAACUAAAAGAAGAACUCAUAAUGAACUCUUUCAAAACCCUAGAUGGACGAGGAGCCUCUGUCCACAUCUCUGGUGGACCGUGUAUAACCAUACAAUACGUGACAAACAUCAUCAUCCAUGGUUUACACAUACAUGAUUGUAAGCAAGGUGGGAACACUUACGUACGAGAUUCUCCAGAGCAUUAUGGGUGGCGUACGUUAUCGGACGGUGACGGUGUUUCGAUAUUCGGUGGGAGCCACGUGUGGGUUGAUCAUUGCUCGCUCUCGAAUUGUAACGAUGGGUUGAUUGAUGCGAUCCGUGGAUCGACGGCUAUAACGAUUUCUAAUAAUUACUUGACGCAUCACAAUAAGGUUAUGUUAUUGGGACAUAGUGAUACUUAUGAACAAGACAAGAAUAUGCAAGUCACUAUCGCUUUUAACCACUUUGGAGAAGGCCUUGUCCAAAGAAUGCCAAGAUGUCGACAUGGAUAUUUCCAUGUGGUGAAUAAUGACUAUACACAUUGGGAAAUGUAUGCAAUUGGAGGAAGUGCUAAUCCUACCAUCAACUCUCAAGGCAACCGUUUUCUUGCUCCUGAUGACUCUUUUAGCAAAGAGGUGACAAAGCAUGAGGAUGCGCCCGAAAGCGAAUGGAGUCACUGGAACUGGAGAUCAGAAGGAGAUCUAAUGCUUAACGGUGCAUUCUUUACACUCUCUGGAGCUGGGCCAACUAAAUCGUCAAGCUAUUCGAGAGCCUCAAGCUUAGCUGCUAGACCGUCUUCUAAUGUUGGUGAGAUAACUAUAGCAUCUGGUGCACUCAGCUGCAAAAGAGGUUCCCAUUGUUGA